AUGGUAUUCGAAAAGCCAGUAGUGAUAAUUGACAAUGGUAGCUAUAUGCUGAAAGCUGGCUUUGCGUGUGAUAAUCACCCUGUUUCUAUGUUUAGAACUGUUGUCGGGAGACCAAAGUAUUUGAUGGGCAGCUACGGCAAAGAACCUUACGACGUUUUCAUCGGCGAUGAAGCAAUUGCGAGGAUCGAGGAUUACGAGCUCAACAGCCCAGUUGUCAACGGUCGUAUAGUCCACUGGGACAAUAUGGAGAGGGUGUGGCAUCACGUGCUGUAUAGAGAGCUGAAGGUGGCUCCGGAAGACCGGGGGGUCAUACUCUGCUGUAAUGUCAAUACUUCUAUGAAAGAGAAAAUUAAAUGUUGCGAAGUCUUCUUCGAGACGCUGAAUACUCCAGCAUUAUGCAUUCAACCACAACCGGUGAUGGCCCUGUAUGCUUCUGGAUUCACAACCGGGUUGUGUGUGGACUUGGGACACGAUACCGUUGAUAUUACGCCCGUCUAUGAAGGUGGCGUCAUCAGAUAUGCACACAUGAUGACUAAUUUCGCCGGUGGUGAUGUUUUGAAACACCUCAAAGAGUCAUUUCGUGAUAGAGAUUACGAUUUUGGUAUGAAAACAAUGGAGAUAGUGGAAGAUAUACAGAAACUUAUAUAUAUAACCCCUGAUUGUGCCAUGUCAAGAAAAGAUUAUAAAAGAGAAUACACUCUACCUGAUGGUAACAUAUUGGAAGUGAGUCAAGAAGUAUUUAUGACUGGUGAAAUGUUUUUUCAGCCAGAAUUAGUUAUGGGUCAGAAAACAAACAUCAUUCCAUUACAUGAAGCCGUGAUAACAGCAGCUAUGAAAUGCGAUGCUGAUUUGAGAGUAGAAUUGUUUGAUGCUAUUAUACCCUGUGGCGGAAUGUCUAUGAUAAGUGGAUUGCCAGAGAGGUUGGGAAUUGAGGCAGAGGAGAUGAUUCAUAGGCCCGUUAAUGUAGUUACGUCGGGAGAAGCCUAUGCUUUACCCUGGCUUGGUGGCGCAGUGUUUGCAGGACUGCCUGAUUCGGGAAAGAUAUGGGUGUUCAAAAAACAGUUCGAAGAUUACGGAGCGAAGAUUGUUAAGAACAAGUUUAUGUAG